GGUUUAGAUUUCUUGUUGUAUAAAGAGGAAUGGCUCUGUUCUAGGGAGCUGAUUGUGUGAAGAAGAAUGAAGAUAUCUCUUUGCAUUCUGUCAGAGGCUUAUAGUUUUGCUGCAACACAGACCGCUACAGGAGAGCCCCAUUACGAGUUCACGUGACCAGGGAGCCCUUUUGACCCGUUCUCUCGCGAGACGUGACGCGGUCUUCGCGAGAUCACGUCUGCAGCAGCAAAUCGGCUCCUGAAGACAAUCUGCUUGUUUCUGCGGCGGGCCAUGGAGGUGUCGUCCCACAGCCUCUUCCUGCUGCAGCAGCUCAACGUGCAGAGAGAGUUCGGCUUCCUGUGCGAUUGCACCGUUGCCAUCGGUAACGUGUACUUCAAGGCGCACCGGGCCGUGCUGGCCGCCUUCUCCAACUACUUCAAGAUGAUCUUCAUCCACCAGUCCAGUGAAUGUAUAAAGAUCCAGCCCACCGACAUCCAGCCGGACGUCUUCAGCUACCUGCUGCACAUCAUGUACACCGGGAUGUGUCCCAAGCAGCCGGUGGACCAGAGCCGGCUGCAGGACGGCAUCAAGUUCCUGCACGCCUACCAGCUGUGCCGCAAGCCGGGCGACUCCGCCGCCGAUGCCGCCGCCGACGGCGUCCGCAUGUCCAACCUGUACGGCAUCCAGAUCUCCUCCCAGCUGGCCAGCAAAGACACGCCGGGCGUCCCCAAGGCCGCCGCGGCGUCCCGGGCGGCCCCCGAGCCGCGGUCCCAGCUGGCCCUUGCCGUGGGACUGGACGCCGUCCCACAGGACCACCAGCAGGCGGCGCUGCGCAACAUCUGCUCCGUGACGUCGGCGGACGACUCAGACGUCUCCGGCCGCAUCAAGCAGGAGCGGGUGGAGGAAGAGGACGGCGAGGCGGAGGACGAGGGUCCGCAGGGCGGCAGCCCGCUGUUCAAAGGGCGCCCCCUGCUGCUGCAGUGCCCGCGCUGCGGGGAGCGCUGCUCCUCGCCGGAGGACCUGAGGGAGCACCUGUUCAGCCACGCCCUGGACCCCGCACGCCUCAUGGACGAGGCGCUGCGGCAGAGCCAGGUGCUCGCCAACCAGCUGGCGGCGGAGCUGAGGCGGAGCCGCGGCGACGGUGACGGCGGCACAAGCCCCGCCCCCACCGUGCUCCACUCCCGCAAGCGGAAGAUCGCCUGCGCCGUCUGCAGCCUGCGCUUCUCCCACAAGAGCCAGCUGCAGGAACACAUGUACAGCCACACCGGCAAGCCGGGCCGCUUCCACCGCUACAACCGCCUCUGCAGCCAGCUCUUCCAGGGCUCCGCCCACUUCUGCGACGCCGCCGGCGAGCCGGGCGGAGGGGGCGGGGCCUCGGCCGCGCUCUGCGAGGACGCUAACCGGGACACGCAGGACAACGGCAGCUCCUGCUACUCGCUGGACUCCGAGGUGUCCCAGGAGAGCGUGGACGGCGUUCCUGUCGAGUGAUGAUGAUGUCAUAAUCGAGGACUGUGUACCUGUGCAGGUGUGUGUGUGUGUGUGUGUGUGUGUGUGUGUGAGUGAAUGUGGGUAAACCAGUCAUUCUCUCAGUUUCUCUCUGGUUUGUGUUGAACUUUGUGGAAUGCUCCAGCUGAUGAUGAUGAUGAUUACGUCAUCCUCAUGCUGGAAGAGCGUCCGGUUGUGAGGAAGAGGAUGCUGGGCCGCAGCUCUUCAUCAGCAGACAGCCGUGCCUUGAUGACCGACGGCCGCCUGGCAGCGCCAAGCUUCGUGACAAUCUGCAGCUUUCUGACCAAUCAACUCCUCGAUCUGGUCCUGGUGGAAAGAAAGUACACCCCGCCUUACCGGAGCCACCAUCAGUUCUGACAGCAGAAUUUAGUAGGGAAACAUUUCACAUAUGUGAAAACAACCAACACAGUAAAAGUGCACUAAAUAUUGUCACACUGGCGUCAUCUUGUUGUUCAUGCUGCAAUGCAUCCUGGGUAGAUGACAUGUGCUGAGCUAGGUGCUAUGAAGCUAGCUUCAGCCAGACAGAACAGAAACAUCGAGUAAUGUUCAAGCCCUUCAAUUUGAACUGGAGCGUUAGCUUUAGCUAAUGGUGUUAGCUCUAGUUAAUGAUGCUAACUGUGGCUAUUGUUGCUGUCUCUAGCUAAAUGUGUUAAAUCUAGCUACCAACAUUAGCUAGAGCUAAUUCAAAUAGCUAUAACUAAUGGUUUUAGCGCUAGGUAAAAACCAGAGCCAGAACCAAAGCUCUGAUUAUUAGCCAGAGCUAAUAGUCAGAGCUUUAGCUAAUCAUGGUAGCUCCUGCUCAUGGUCUUAGCUUUAGCUAAGCAGUAAACCAAAGGCUGGUCAUGCUAGCUUGUUCUCAGACAUUUUCUCUUCCUUAGCUUCUUAUGUUUUGUUUUGCAUAAGCUUCUGUGUAUCCUGUAGGUUUUGAUGAAGUUCGGUCCAAACUGGGUUGUCAACGGAAACAUGAAUGAAGGCGAUUCAAUGGCCUAGUCAAAGUCCAGAGAGAGAUUGGACCAGAAUUCAAGGCAUAUAUGUUAUGGGGUGUACUUACUUUUCACCAGAGCUAGAUCAGUCAGAUGUUUACAGGCUCAAAUCAUCUCAUCUGUGUUUUGGUUCUGCUGCCAUGACGAUGUUUUAUUUUCAUUUUUUUGAAAGUUUGCGGCCUGGGAUCAGUUUCUGUUUCAGAGAUCUGAUUGGAGUCAGAGUCAGAAUCAAUCAGGUGUGUUGAUUAAUAAUCAAUAAUCCCGUUCGGAUUAGCUGUAAAAUCAGAAAAAAAAAAAAUUCAGAAUGCUCCUUUAAAGCUCUCUGCUGCUGCUGGGGUCAGAGGUCACAUGACCAGGAUGCUUCAGCCGAGGCGUCACUGAACGCGUGACUGUCGUCUUUCUCUCCGUGUGUCGCCAUGACAACAAGAAGUUCGGUGUCGACGUGUUUUUGUACACGUUUUGUUUUUCAUUGAUGGAAAUGUUUUGUAAAUAAAUGUCCUUUUUCCACCAA